CCUACUUUUCAUGGCCUCUUCCGUGUGAAGAUCAGUGUCUUUCACGUGUGGUUGUGUCUCCAACACACAACCCAAUUAGUUUCGCGAAUUAUCACAAUACCGUUUAAAAAACAAAAAAAAUCAUAAAAACUAAAACCCCAAAAAAAUAGUAAAAUAUAAAAAUAACUAUAAAACAUAUUAGUUUGAUUAUUUACAGUGGUUAACAACUGCAACGUGGGCAAAGUGAAUCAUCUGCUUGAGGCCUAGUGAACAGUGAGUAAUAGUUUUAGGUCGGGUUUUAAAAUAAGUGAAAAUGAAUCCAGGGCCAGGAGGACCGAAUUAUCCAAUGGCAUCUCUCUAUGUCGGAGACUUGCACAAUGAUGUCACGGAAGCUAUGCUGUUCGAGAAGUUUUCUACUGCAGGUCCUGUGUUGUCAAUCAGAGUCUGCAGGGAUAUGAUUACCAGAAGAUCUUUGGGAUAUGCCUACGUGAAUUUUCAACAACCUGCAGAUGCUGAAAGGGCUUUGGACACUAUGAACUUUGAUUUGCUAAAAGGGCGUCCGAUCAGAAUCAUGUGGUCUCAGCGAGACCCUUCUCUUCGCAAAUCUGGAGUCGGUAAUGUGUUUAUUAAGAACUUGGAUAAGAGCAUUGACAACAAAGCGAUGUAUGACACGUUUUCUGCCUUUGGGAACAUCCUUAGCUGUAAGGUUGCUCAAGACGAGACCGGGGCUUCUAAAGGAUAUGGCUUUGUCCAUUUUGAAACAGAAGAAGCUGCAAACAAAUCCAUUGAAAAAGUGAACGGAAUGUUGUUGAAUGGGAAGAAGGUUUUCGUUGGUAAGUUUAUUCCCCGCAAGGAGCGCGAGAAGGAGUUGGGCGAAAAGGCAAAACUUUUCACCAAUGUCUAUAUCAAGAACUUCGGGGAAGAAAUGACCGAUGAAACCUUAAGAGAGAUGUUUGAGAAAUACGGACACAUCACUUCUCACAAGGUUAUGUUCAAGGAUGACGGGAAGUCACUUGGAUUUGGAUUUGUAGCUUUCGAAGAUCCUGAAGCGGCCGAGCGCGCCGUGAAUGAUCUUGAUGGCAAGGAGGUUUCUGAAGGAAAGGUGUUAUAUGUUGGUCGUGCUCAAAAGAAAGCAGAGCGUCAACAAGAACUCAAACGCAAAUUUGAACAAAUCAAGCUGGAGCGUAUGACUCGCUAUCAGGGAGUCAAUCUCUAUGUGAAGAAUCUUGAUGAUACAAUUGAUGAUGACCGCCUCCGAAAAGAAUUUACACCAUUUGGAACCAUUACCAGUGCUAAGGUUAUGCUAGAGGAUGGUCGCAGCAAGGGCUUUGGUUUUGUUUGCUUCUCAUCACCAGAAGAGGCCACAAAAGCAGUGACUGAGAUGAAUGGCCGAAUUGUGGGGUCAAAACCGUUGUAUGUGGCCUUGGCACAACGCAAGGAGGACCGCAAGGCUCACCUGGCCAGCCAGUACAUGCAGCGCGUAGCAAACAUGCGCAUGCAGCAGAUGGGACAACUAUUCCAGCCAGGAGCAGGAUCAGGCUACUUUAUCCCGACUAUUCCAACACCUCAGCGGCUCUUUGGCCCAGCACAGAUGGCUCAGAUGCGUCCCCAACCCCGUUGGCCCGGCCAACCCGCCAUGCGGCCCAACGCCCAAGCCCCUGGCACAGGAUUCCCGACAAUGCAGACACCUUACCGCACCGCGCCAAGGGCACCAACUGCUGCUCAGCCAUCGAUGCGCAACGCCAUCGCUGCUCGGCCCAUCACCGGACAGCAACCCAGCAUCCAGGGGCGUGGAGGCCCUAUCGGCAGCAGCCAGCCCGUGUCCGUGUCCGCCCAGGGAAGACCUGCCAACUACAAAUACACGGCCAACAUGCGCAAUCCCCCACAACCCAUGCCAGUGGCUCAGCAGGCUCAGGUCCAACAGGCCGUGCACAUCCAAGGCCAGGAGCCUCUGACUGCCACCAUGUUGGCUGCGGCAAUGCCCCAGGACCAGAAACAGAUGUUGGGAGAACGCUUGUUCCCACUUAUCCAGCGGAUGUAUCCAGACCUCGCUGGCAAGAUUACUGGAAUGUUGCUAGAGAUCGACAACUCGGAGCUUCUCCACAUGUUGGAGCACAAUGAAUCGCUCAAGGCUAAGGUAGAGGAGGCUGUGGCUGUGCUCCAAGCUCACCAGGCCAAGCAGGCUGCCCAAGUUAAGAAGGAGUAACAACCAGCAGGAACCACUUCAACAGGACGUCUAUCAAUUCAUUGAUUAUUGUAUGUUUUAUAUUGAGAUCCUGAGAUUGAGUUUUUUCAUUUCUUUUCUUAUUUCUUAUUUCUCUUGUGUUACAAGCAUUACUCCCCCUUCUUUAAGUAUACUUGGUUUUAGGGGACUUUGAAUAUAAUAAUAAAGCAUAAAAAAAUA